AUGGUCAAUCCAUCGCCAAUCGACAACAUGGCCACCCGAACCUCUGUCUCGCUUUUGGUCGUUCAGCUUCAGUAUGCUGACCACCACCAUUUCUACAGCUUCACCACUGAGGAGAUCCGGCAGCUUAUGGACAAGCCUUGCAAUGUCCGUAACAUGUCCGUCAUUGCUCACGUCGACCACGGCAAGUCGACCCUCACCGACUCCCUCCUGUCCAAGGCCGGUAUCAUUUCCACCGCCAAGGCCGGUGACCAGCGAGCGACGGACACGAGAGCCGACGAGCAGGAGCGUGGUAUCACCAUCAAGUCUACCGCCAUCUCCCUGUUCGGUCAGCUCCCCGACCCUGAGGACAUCAAGGAUAUCGUUGGCCAGAAGACCGACGGCACCGACUUCCUGAUCAACCUGAUCGACUCGCCCGGUCACGUUGAUUUCUCCUCCGAGGUCACCGCCGCUCUCCGUGUCACUGACGGUGCUCUCGUCGUCGUCGACACCGUCGAGGGUGUCUGCGUCCAGACCGAGACUGUCCUGCGUCAGGCCCUUGGUGAGCGCAUCAAGCCUGUUGUCAUCAUCAACAAGGUCGACCGUGCUCUCCUCGAGCUUCAGGUCUCCAAGGAGGAUCUGUACCAGUCCUUCUCCCGUACCAUCGAGUCCGUCAACGUCAUCAUCUCCACCUACUUUGACAAGUCUCUCGGUGACGUCCAGGUCUACCCCGACCGCGGUACCGUCGCCUUCGGCUCCGGUCUCCACGGCUGGGCCUUCACCAUCCGCCAGUUCGCUUCUCGCUACGCCAAGAAGUUCGGUGUCGACCGCAACAAGAUGAUGGAGCGUCUCUGGGGCGACAACUUCUUCAACCCCGCCACCAAGAAGUGGACCAAGAACGGCACCUACGAGGGCAAGCAGCUCGAGCGUGCCUUCAACCAGUUCAUCCUCGACCCCAUCUUCAAGAUCUUCGCCGCCGUCAUGAACUUCAAGAAGGAGGAGACCGCCACCCUCCUCGAGAAGCUUAACCUCAAGCUCUCGGCUGAUGACCGCGAGAAGGAGGGCAAGCAGCUCCUCAAGGCCGUCAUGCGCACUUUCCUCCCCGCCGCCGACGCCCUCCUCGAGAUGAUGAUUCUCCACCUCCCCUCGCCCGUCACGGCCCAGAAGUACCGUGCCGAGACCCUGUACGAGGGUCCCGUCGACGAUGCCGCCGCCAUUGGUAUCCGUGACUGUGACCCCAAGGGUCCCCUCAUGCUGUACGUCUCCAAGAUGGUGCCCACCUCCGACAAGGGUCGUUUCUACGCCUUCGGUCGUGUCUUCUCCGGUACCGUCAAGUCCGGCAUCAAGGUCCGCAUCCAGGGCCCCAACUACGUUCCCGGCCGCAAGGAGGAUCUCUUCGUCAAGGCCAUCCAGCGUACCGUCCUCAUGAUGGGCGGCAAGGUCGAGCCCAUCGACGACAUGCCCGCCGGCAACAUUGUCGGUCUCGUCGGUAUCGACCAGUUCCUCCUCAAGUCUGGUACCCUCACCACCCUGGACACUGCCCACAACCUCAAGGUCAUGAAGUUCUCCGUCUCCCCCGUCGUCCAGCGCUCCGUCCAGUGCAAGAACGCCCAGGAUCUCCCCAAGCUCGUCGAGGGUCUCAAGCGUCUGUCCAAGUCUGACCCUUGCGUCCUGACCUCGACCUCCGAGUCCGGUGAGCACGUCGUUGCCGGUGCCGGUGAGCUCCACCUCGAGAUUUGCCUGAACGAUCUCGAGAACGACCACGCUGGUGUUCCUCUCAUCAUCUCCGACCCCGUCGUCGCUUUCCGUGAGACCGUCGGCGCCAAGUCUUCCAUGACCGCCCUGUCCAAGUCCCCCAACAAGCACAACCGUAUCUACAUGGAGGCUGAGCCCAUUGACGAGGAGCUCUGCAAGGAGAUCGAGGGUGGCAAGGUCAGCCCCCGUGACGAUUUCAAGGCCCGCGCUCGCAUCCUCGCCGACGACUUCGGCUGGGAUGUCACCGACGCCCGUAAGAUCUGGACCUUCGGUCCCGACACGGUCGGCGCCAACCUGCUGGUUGACCAGACCAAGGCCGUCCAGUACCUCAACGAAAUCAAGGACUCCAUGGUCUCUGGUUUCCAGUGGGCCACCCGCGAGGGUCCCGUUGCCGAGGAGCCCAUGCGCGCCAUCCGCUUCAACAUCAUGGACGUCACCCUCCACGCCGAUUCCAUUCACCGUGGUACCGGUCAGAUCAUGCCCACCACCCGUCGUGUCCUGUACGCCGCUUCGCUUCUCGCCGAGCCCGGUCUCCUCGAGCCCGUCUUCCUCGUCGAGAUUCAGGUUCCCGAGCAGGCCAUGGGUGGUGUCUACGGUGUCCUUACCCGUCGUCGUGGCCACGUCUUCGGCGAGGAGCAGCGCCCCGGCACUCCCCUCUUCACCAUCAAGGCCUACCUGCCCGUCAUGGAGUCCUUCGGCUUCAACGCCGAUCUGCGCCAGGCCACCUCCGGCCAGGCCUUCCCCCAGAUGGUCUUCGACCACUGGCAGAUCCUGCCCGGUGGCUCUCCCCUUGACCCCACCUCCAAGACCGGUGGCAUUGUCCAGACGAUGCGUAAGCGCAAGGGUAUCAAGGUUGAGGUGCCCGGCGUUGAGAACGUAAGUUAUUUUUUGCUCGAUCCCGACUCUCGUUUGAAACAGAAACAGCUGCUGACAUGCCGUGACAGUACUACGACAAGUUGUAAACGCCUCAUUCAAGGGCUAUCGAAGCCUGGCGCCGACACGUCCCUCGUGACGUCCAGUUGUCGUCAGACUUCGUGGGCCAUCCCGUCCCACCGGCCACGAAAGAGAAGCCGAUUGUGCGGGAAUGGCGAAGGAGCUAUCAAAAUGGGGAGGCUUUACUGA